AGACUUGAGGUAAGAGAGGGUUCUCUAGGGUUAACAAGGACGGCCUUGGAGUCUGCAAGAGAUUCCGGUGUUGAAUUGGGUCUUGCUGAAGGUUUCGCUCUUUAUAAUUGUAUCAAUUCUCAUUUUUUUCUUGGCGUGGCGUCGAUCAAUUUGGUUCAUUCCCUCUUCAUCUAAGGUUACCAUUUCUUCUUCGAUUAACUUCUAUCGUAUAUCUUGCGAGUUCCAUUUUCGUUGUCCAUAUACCUGCGCACUCUCUUUUUUCAUGGACACUUCAGUCUUGAGCCUCCCACUCCUGAGUUUAUGAUCAUGGCUUCUAUGGUUGAGAGGAAACAGCGAGGUGGCAUUCUUUCGAACUGUGGUGAAUGUCGGGUGGAGGAAUAACGUUUUGCGCACUGGACUAGCUAACCUAUAAAGCCUAAUCUGUCCUUGUUCACAAUUUUCCAAAUUGUUGAUCAUGAAAAGAAAUUUGAGAGUGUUGUCGUCCAAAAAUGCACAUAAGAUUGCUAAUCAUGAAGAUUUAACAUUUUGGGAUUAGUAGACAGAUGAUAGAAACACGCAACAGGCAUAAUUACUGCCUUAUAUUGUUUGAGGAACAUCUUGUCGAUACGGAAGAAACAAGGCUAGAGAAUAGCGAGAGAGUUAUCCCCAUCAUGCAGUUUCGUCUUAUUUAGUGCUCCUCCAUCCUUUUUUAUAUGGCAAAAUCACCUACUGUACAUGAAUCAAGAAAACUAAUGUCUUUACCCAAGAACGGUUGAUCUAGUUAUAAGGAUUUGGCCCAUGUCAUAAGGUGGUGGGUUAAAUCGCUUAGUAAUGUGAGCAAUAGGUGACUUUUAACUUUUUUUGAUAAAAAAGAGAACAUGGUUUUAAGAUUACCUCAUCUUUCCACAGAUAUCCUUCAAUUGAUAUUCUCUUCCCUCUCACGCACUCCCUCUCAAUUAAACGAAGCCACCAUUUUCAGGGGCAGUUUUGGCAAAAAAACAUAUUAAUUACUGCCAAGAUUUUACAAAAACAUGUUAUAAAUAAGAAUACCAAAGCUUUCUAAAAGUCGCCUUGUAAUAUUGCUAAUAUGUUGCUUAUCGGAACUUAAUUUUAUGGCACCAGAGUGCACCUAUAGAAUUUGCUGGAAAAAAGGACUUGAAGAAGUCCUCUCCCACCCACCAAGUUGAUGGCGAAAUCCAAGAAACGCUCCAAAAGUCACACUAGCGGUCUUCUUCCCAACUUUCGCACGGGAAGGACUGAUUCAAAGCUUGCAGUGUCUAAAAAUUCUCGCACCCUGAAGAGCCUCAGCUUGAAUACUGAAGAUUAUGACGAUUUUCGUGUUCCAUUGGAAGUUUUGUCAUUAUCGAAAAUGUCACGUAUUGAAAGGAAGAACUUGAAGCUGAGGUUGAAAAUGGAACUCGAACAAGUUAGGAAAUUUCUGAAGAAAGUUGCCCCUGUGAACUCAGAUCUCCCUGCAUUGUCUGCGUCUAGUGCCAUAAGGAGCUGCAAUGGGCAGGAGAGGUCUGAAUCGGAAAAUCAGCAUAGAUUACUUGAAGUAUCAGCUACACAAGCUAAGAAAAGGGCCUCAUUAGGACAUAAUGGUCCUAAAAACAAAAGAAGGAUAGAAACUAUGAAAAUUGCAGCACAAGUGACAUCCUCAAAUGCUAUGUUGAUGAAGCAGUGUCAAGCUUUACUAGACUGUUUGAUGUCACGUCAAUAUGCUUGGGUUUUUAACACUCCAGUUGACAUUGUAGAGCUGGAAAUUCCUGAUUAUUUUACUGUCAUCAAGCAUCCGAUGGAUUUAGGUACUGUGAAGAGUAGAAUAACUUCAAGCCAAUAUUCAAGUCCGAUGGACUUUGCUGCUGACGUGCGGUUAACUUUCUCAAAUGCAAUGAGUUACAACCCUCCUGGCAAUGACGUACAUAUCAUGGCAAAAACACUUAGCAAGUAUUUUGAAAUGAGAUGGAAAGCUAUUGAAGAGAAGAUCCCUGUGGCUAAUAUGGCACUUAAGUCUUCAAAACCUACUACUGGUGUAGGAACUGAAAUUUCAGACCGACCUCCUCCCUUAAAGAAGAAGAAAAUUAGAUCCGAUGACACUGAUGUCAUGCCAGAGCCUGUUAAAAGAAUCAUGACUGAUGACGAGAAGCAUAAAUUGAGCUUGGAGUUGGAAGCACUGCUUGGAGAGUUGCCUACUUCCAUUGCCAAUUUCUUAAAAGAACACAGCUACCGUGCAGAUGAAACGAAUGAUGAUGAAAUUGAGAUUGACAUUGAUGCUCUCAGUGAGGAGACCUUAGUCCAACUGCGGAAGCUUCUGGACAGCUAUAUGCUGGAGAAGCAGAAAGUCCACGAAAAAGCUGAGCCUUGUAAAGUGAAGCUUCUAAAUGAAUCAUUACCACUGUGUAUAGGCAAUGAGCCUGUUGAGGAGGAUGUGGACAUUAUUGGCGGGUGUGCUGUUCCUGUUGUUAGUUAUCCUGCCCUGGCAAUUGAGAAAGAUGGCGCCACUGCCAACACAAAUAGAUGUAGUAAUAGUGAUAGUUCAAGCAGCUCGAGUAGCGAAUGUGGUUCUUCAUCCAAUGGUUCAGAUAUGAGUAGUUCGUCUGGAACUGAGUCAGAUGCUGCCGAAGUUUCAAAAACUCCUAGUGAGCUAAAGGAAAAUGUAGCUUCUGUUCUGACUCUAGAUCCAGGCAAAGGAAUCAUGGUGUUUCAGAAACAAGGAAGGAUUCAAAGGGUAAGCUUGAGAAAUGAAGGAGUCUGUCUGCUGUUAAUUUUGGGGCAUGAUCUCACCUUUCAUGCUGUAACAUUAUUUAUAGGGGAGAGUGCUUCUGAGAGGCAAGUCCCCCCAGAAAAGCUCUCCCGUGCCGCUUUACUAAGGAGCCGCUUUGCUGACACCAUACUUAAAGCCAAAGAAACGGCCUUGGAAAAGCAGGACCCUCACAAACCUAUAAUAGGGAGAGAACAACUUGAAAGGCGGAGAACAGAGAAAGCCCAACUAGAGGCAAAGGCAAAGGCAAAGGCAAAGGCUGCAGAAGAGGCUCAAAGAAAAGCUGAAGCAGAAGCUGCUGCUGCGGCCAAAAGGAGAAGGGAACAAGAGAGAGAAGCGGCUCGUCAAGCCUUGAAACAUAUGGAGAAGACUGUGGAUAUCAAUGAAAACUCUCAACUUUUGAAAGACCUGGAGAUGCUGGGAAUUGUAAAUAAUGAACAUCUGCCAAGUUUCCCUGAGAAGGCAAGGCCAGACCAUCUUUUAAACGGGUUAAGCAGUUUCAAACUAAAGGUGGGGAGUGACCCAUUAGGACAGCUAGGAUUGUGCAUGAAAUUUGAUGACGACGAGGAUGAGAAUGAUGAACUAUCACAAUCAACGAAUGGUGCCGAAGGAGAAAUUGAUUGAUAUAAGGAAGUAGAGCUAAUAAUGCGAUGCUCAUGUUCGUGCUACGCUUUCAUGUAAACAGCGACAUAUUUUGAUUAAUCAGACUAUUUGAACCUGUACAUAAAA